AUGUCAUCAGAGGAUGGUGUGGAUGACAGGGCAGGAGCAGAGCAGCCGUUGCUGUCAGGGGAUACAGCAACAGUUGAGCUUGAGGAUGGAAGAAGGGUGGAGAUUCCGGUUGAGUACCUGGAGCCACAACAGGAGACAGCUGAACCGGAGCCGAUCCCAAUGUCGGAGACAGAAAAUGCUGAUGAUGAAAACAUGAGUGAAGCUGGAACUCAGCCAGAAGGAGUUGAGUGGAAUCCAGAGCCAAUCGAGCUCCCGGAACAGGACUACAAGUUCCUGAACGAAGUUAGCACACGUACAGAACUCAAAGCUCGUAAUGAGCUGACGAGGAUAGAGGAGUGCAGGCCAGCACCACACUACGAAGACAUCGAUGAUCUCAAUCUUCAGGAUUACCAGGUGAAGAAGGGACGGAAUCAGAAGUGGGAGACGAAUGCUCGGGAGAAGGCAAAAAGGACUCGACGCCUGAAUUUACGGGCGCCAGUCGAUGGCAGGGCCUUUGACCUGGAGCGUGGACGAAAGUUACCCGUACUGUUCUCCAAGCCGAAAUCGCGGAAGCAUGAGACGUCCUUCUUGAAGCAGGAUCUGAGAGAUCUCCACGACUUUCAAGGGCACGUGCGGACGACAUACCGUUCUGAUCCAACAGCACCUCCGGAGGAGGAUGACAUUUGGGUGGAGAUAAAGUACAAAAUCGUCAGCACCCCAUGUGAAGAAAGUGGCUUUGAUGACCACUACGAGGCUUGCAAGGGCCGCAAUCGCAAGUAUGAUACGGAUGCUUGGCUUGAGACGCAAGAAGGAACCAUCGCAGAUAUCGGCGCACACCAGUCGCUUUCCGUGCUUUGGAAGAGCUAUCCUUGGGAAGAGGAGGGCUCCCUUUUGUGCUAUGAGGGCGUCUUAUUCUGCUCGCAGCGCACGGAAGUUGCCGACAGCUUGUCGCCGGCAUCACGUGGAGCAGGCUUUGCACAGGAAACUCCGGAAAAAUUGGAAGUACUGCUCUACGAUACCGACCAAAAUGAGCAUUCACAGCCACUCCUCAUUUGUUCCGACCAGAUUCGAGCCUUGGGCUUGCCCAAGACGGACACCUUUGAGAGCAAAGAUGUUCCGUUCCCAUUUCUGACCCUUUUCAACUUGCUACGUGAGGAGUCACACGAAGAGUCGCUGGAGUCUCAGACGUGGCACAAGACAUGGAGGUCGAGAGCUCAAAAGGUCCGACGAAAUGGCUAUGGCGAGAUUGCAGACCUGGAAGAGUUGCACCACGCGCUGCGGCUGGAACUCGACAAGGCCCUCACCAGCCAAGUGUCGCCUUCAUUUGCGAACGCCUGGGGAGCUUCAGAUCAUGACCAAAGCGACUUGGAGCCCAGCAAUGUGAUCAGCGACGAGUACAUCAAUCACAUCUUCACCUUGGGCCGUCUAUUUGAAUUGUCUGCCGGCGCUGGACGGAACAAAGUUUGGGGUCGUCAAGGUGGCAAGGUGAUGGUCUUGGCGCCCAACAUCCCUGCGGCCUUGUGCGUGAUCCGAGGAACCGCCCACCUCUUUGGCCUGAGCUUCGAAAUGCCAACAGGGCGACCACCCUCUGAGGGCACGGACUCAGGUGCCAUACAAACUCCUAUGCACUUGUCAGAUGGUGAGGCGGUGCCCAGCGGGGAUGCUUUCCGCGACUGGAUCAAGGAGAGGCUCUUGGCAGCGGUGACGGAGCUUUCGGCCGGGGUGGUGCUUUGUUUACCACCGGAGGUGCUGAACCAGCAGGAAAACCUUGCGGUCCUCCAUGAAGCCUUCUCGGAGGAGGGGCCGCCUUCAAGCUGGUACUCCGAGCGGGAGGUGAAAGAGUGCAAGGACGCUGUAGCCGCCAUGCCGAUUGAAGGUUGGCUGUUAGCCCACCUGGCACUGGAGGACGAGGAUGGAGAGAGCCCAGCUACUUUGGAGGUCUUUUGGGCUGAGGCAUUGGGCAGAGCCCACUUCCUCCUUCUGCUGUCUAAUGAGGUUCCAGAAGCAGUGGACAGCAGGCGGGGCGGAACUGCCAGAGAAGCAGACAGUCAGUUUGAGACGAGGGUCCCAAGCUGCGACUCAAAAUGA